GCAUAGGUAUGGCGGCGCCCCAGCCCGAGAUGGUAGUGGCGGUGUGGCCCAAGAUCCGCACUACAACAAUGAGAAGGGUGGUAACAACUUAACCAACGAACGAUAUGAGCGAAUUCUGGAGCAGGACAAUGAUAGUCUGGUUUUGGAUUUGUCCAACAAGAUAGACGCGUUGAAGAGUUUAACGACGGGGAUCGGAGAAGAAGUGAGAUCUCAGAAUAAGUUUCUUGACGGCAUGCAAGAAAACUUCGCUGGCGCGAGCGAUCUUCUGGGUGGUGCCAUGAAGAGACUGCAGGUGGUGGCAGCCAAGGGAGGAGGCCUCAUGUGUUACCUCAUGCUGUUCGUGUUGUUUGUCAUGCUUGUCAUGCGUAGUGACCAGAGUGAUGGGUAUAGGCACGGCGGUAUUGCCUGCGCCCUGCAAUCUGGGACAGGGCCAGGGAACUGUGAGACAGUGGGACAGCCUUUUAGUAGUACUGCUGUAGUAGUAUUUACGAGUGACGGGGUAGGUAUGGUAAGGCACCAGGACGACAUACAUUCCAUAGUCAAAGAGUUUGAGUUGGGCGUGACAUCACGUUGCCAUGGAUACCCCGGAGUAUUCUCGAAUUAUCCAAUGACUAGGAUGGAACGCGAAUCCCGUAAAAUUCUGCAGCUAGGCGAAAUUUGGGUGCCAAUAGACUCCGGGUGUCAAUAG